AUGGGUUCAGAGGGCGAGACAGAAUCGGACAGCGACGGCGAGCAUGAGACGAAGAGUGGCCACAAAGUCGACCGCCGACUUCAACGCUCUCAACGCCCAAAGAAAGACCGUCAGAGCCAAAACAAGCCCAAACUGGCCUACUACAGCAACGGCCCGCGGGCUGGGCUGCUGCGUAGUCGCUACCUUGGCAGUCGCGCACCCAUUUACGAAUGCCACGACGGCUGUGGCUGUGAGCGCGAGACAUGUCCGAACCGGGUGGUGGAACGUGGCCGCCGUAUCCCGCUACAGAUUUUCCGCACAGAGGACCGUGGCUGGGGCGUACGAACGUUGGUUGACAUUGACAAGGGGCAGUUCGUCGACCGCUACUUGGGCGAGAUCAUAACAGCCGCCGAGGCUAAUAGGCGUCGCGCCAACGCCACCAUGGCUCGUCGUAAAGACGUUUACCUGUUCGCCCUGGACAAGUUCUCGGACCCGGACUCACUUGACCAUCGGCUGGCGGGGCCUCCGUUGGAAGUCGACGGAGAAUUCUUCUCAGGCCCUACACGCUUCGUCAACCACUCUUGCGACCCUAAUAUGCGCAUAUUUGCACGCGUCGGCGACCAUGCGGACAAGCAUAUCCACGAUCUGGCUCUGUUUGCAGUGCGAGAUAUCCCUGCGGGCGCUGAAAUCACGUUUGACUACAUUGAUGGCUUAGAAGAUCUGGACACAGAUGCACUGGCACCUCCUAUCAACGAUGCCAACUCUUCGUCGCCCUCCGUCUUUGGCCGGAGAAGGCACCCGGCUUCGCAACAAAGCCAGUCUAGAAGCGCACAAGAUCGGCCGCGGCCUGGUCUUGCCCAGCACAUCAACAAACCACUCCGGAGGCGGCGUUGGACUUCACGCAGCCGCGAGUGGACACGCCAUUCCAUCGAUCGCGAGCGCAUCGACUUCUUUGACACUCGCGUUACUGGACACCCGGAGAUAUGGCACACGCUGCGAGCCGCACUGGAGGUACUGUGGGAGGCAGACUCCGCAGCCAUUGCGCGACAAAAAGACGCUUAUUUGGGAGGAGGUGCAGAUGGGGAGGUUGCACAACGGAGCGGUAGAAAGGCCACCGGGCAUGCUGCUACUGGCGCUGUCACAUCUGGUGCCGCCGCAAAGUUUGCUGUCACUGCCGAGGAGGAAGAAGCGCUUGCCACUGCGCAGAGCAUGUUAGAUGCUGCGGCCAUAACCCUACCAACAAGUGACUUGGCACAGGGCGCAUACGAUGCCAUGGGCAAUUUUUAUGCGCUGCCAGCUUGGAUCGUAUCGGAUCCGACAAACCUCGUUAACGAUUUACCACACGAAUUGGACGAUUCACAGAUUGACUUGCGUGAUGAUGAGUCCGAGGAGGGUGAAGAGGACGAAGAGGACGAGAAUGUGGAUGACGAAAGCUAUACCUCUGAAGUCGGCCAAGACGACGAUGAUACCGGUGACGUUAGGCGCAAUCGACAGCAGCAUGUCCACCAGCCCAGCCUACGACGCCGCUCACGCAUGGAGAAGGGAAAGGCCGUGGCCGUGUCCAUUGAUCGUAUUGCUGUGCGUGCACGCUUGAGCGCAACUGCACGCGAUGUAGUGGUUCACCUUGGACGUGAGGAGACUGUCCGCAGCCUGAUGCAUCACAUUUCUGAAGAGGCCAAGCUUCCACGUAAAACCCGCAUCCGGAUUGCAUACCUAGGCAAAAUCCUCAAGGACAACUCUCCACUAUUAGCACAAGGCUGGCAAGAGGGUCAUGUUGGGGUUUUCGAUUUUGCUGCUGACCUCGAAGACUUUGGCUUCGCUAUCAACGGCAUUUAG